UUUCCUUUGCGAUAGAUCAUGUACGGCUGCUUGUACAGUUCCAGUAUACCAGGGGUGGAAUUUGACCCUAGCAAUAUGUUUAUCCGUGCCGAUAUGCCAUCGCUUACUCGGCCGGUAUCAUCUCUUUGGUCCUUGAUGGCAUGAUGAGUGAUCAAUCGAUCAUUAUUUAUGAGGCGCUAACAUUUUUUUGGUCAUCCUGGACCCUAGAAUAAGUCAACGGCGAAAAUGCGUUUUACCGUUUCAUGAUCAGGAUGGAAGAGACUCUGCACAGCUCCCCCUCGGCAGACACGAUGAAGGAGGUCGACCAUUUCGAAGAGUUCUCAGAUGCAGAGAAAGCUCUUUUUGAAAGGACUGUCUGGAGGAAGUUAGACAGAUGGGUGCUGCCCGUCUGCACUAUUUUCUAUCUCCUCUCUUUCCUUGACCGGAGUAAUAUUGCAAAUGCUCGAGUUGCUGGCAUGCAGACUAGUCUCGGGAUGUCCAACUACCAGUACAGUAUUGCUCUGACCAUGACAUAUGUACCGUAUAUCGCAGCAGAGUUCCCUUCGAACUUGCUAUUAAAGUAUGUGGGACCACGGUGGAUGCUGCCAACCAUGGUCACUAUAUGGGGCCUUGUGGCAACCAUGCAAGGCGUCGUGAAGACUUAUUCGGGUCUGCUUGCCUGUCGAUUUUUCUUGGGCCUCAUGGAAGGUGGUCUAUUCCCUGGUCUUGUGCUAUAUCUGUCUUUCUUCUAUCCCAGAGAGAGAUUACAGAUCAGGGUUGCCACGUUCUUCGCGUCGGCAUCGCUCUCUGGCGCAUUUUCUGGACUGCUGGCAGCUGCUAUUAUGAAUAUCAAUGGGAGGGAUGGGAGACCUGGAUGGGCUUGGAUUUUCAUUAUUGAGGGAAUCAUCACGUUAUGCUUUGGAUUGAUAGCCUUCCUUGUCCUUCCCAACUCCCCGGCUCACGCGCGCUUCUUCUCUACGAAGGAACGUCACUAUGUCAUGGCUAAACUGAAGGCAGAUGGUGCUGUUGCUGGUGACGACAAGAGCGAUGGCUUCAGUUGGAUUGAGGUGAUUAGGUGCUUCCAGUCAGUUCACGUUUGGCUGUUGGCGCCUGUUUUGUUUUUCCUCGGUACAACAUUGUAUGGCCUUGCUUACUUUGAGCCCACAAUCGUCGCCGGUCUCGGUUACACCGGUAAUAAAGCACAGUUGAUGAGCGCGCCGCCCUAUGCAUUUGCGUUUGGAGUCUCGAUGAUCACUGCAGUGAUAUCGGAUCGGUACAAAUGCCGUGGCUUCAUACUCAUCUUCUUCUCGGUUUGUAACCUUAUCGGAUUUAUCAUGUUCUAUGCGAGCACAUCAAAUCAUGUUCGUUAUGGAUCACUCUUCCUGAGCAUCAGUGGGUCCUACGCAGGUGCUCCGCCGGUCAUCACAUGGGUAGCGAAUAACAGUGCACCACACGUCAGACGCGCAACUUCGAUCGCUAUUGCGUUCAUUAUGACCAACUCGGGCGGUAUCCUGGCCACCUGGCUUCUAGGUUCUUUGUCUCCUGCACCUAACUAUACGAAAGCUACGAUCACUUUCAUUAUCAUGUCAGUGGGCAUGGUAGUGCUCUCCUCCGCUACCCUCGCAUACCUUUGGCACCAGAACCGCUUAAAGACACAAAGGCGGCAGUUCGGCACUCCUGAGGAUGAACCCAAAGGUCUCGGCGAUGAAAGUGCUUGGUUUAUCUACAACUUGUAGUAUACUUGUACCAAUUGAAAAAGACAGACGCGGACUAUUUCACUAUCUAUCAGGAUCUUAUUACCCUUA